AUGGGACGCGUGAAAUCUCACAGAGGCUCUCUUAAAAUGGGUGCAGUUAUCCGUAAGAAAGCUAAGGCCAAACGCGCUCGCGAGGCUAAACUUGCAAAGACAAAGCAAUAUCCAAAGCGCUCGAAGAAGAUGUUAGUUGCUCCAAAGACAAUGCCAAAUCGCGAGGAGAUCGAAGCAUCAAUCCAUGCCGGCUCACAAUUCAUUAACGAAGUCUUUAAGCCAAUUUCUCAGAAAGUUCAGACAGAGAAGGUAAAGUAUUCCGAUCAAAUGGAUGAGCUUCAUCAUCAAAUCAUUGAGCAAUACAAGCAGAGAGUUGAGGAGGCUAAAAAUUCCUACUCUACAAUGCUAAGUUCCGUUGAUGAAGCUGAUGCCUUCAUCGAAGUUCUUGAUGCUCGUGAUCCACAAGCAUGCCGUUACCCAGAAUUCGAGAAUUCUGUCGCUGAAAAGAAGAAACCACUCAUGAUUGUCCUCAACAAAUGCGAUCUUGUCCCACGUGAUAUCGUCUACUCAUGGAUUGCUGAACUUAACAAGACAGCACCAACAGCUGGUAUCUGUGCACUCGCUGCUGAACCUGCUCAGGCUUGCAUUUCAGCUUUAAUCGCUCAAGUUGCAAAUGGAGCUUCAAAGAUCGCUGUUAUUGGUAUUCCAAAGGUCGGAAAGUCAAAGAUUUGUGAGCUUUCUCAAUCCUUGAUCGAAUUACCAUCAAUUGCUUUCGCAGAAACAACAUCAGACUUAUGCUUACUCGAUGCUGCUGUUUGGCAAGAUCCAAUGAACAUAUUUGCUACAGAAGUUGUAUCUAGAGCUGUCCAGACAGAAGGACAACCAGAUAUCUUUACAAUCUACGAGGUUGAUGCUGGAAUAGAAGAUCCAGCUCAAUUUAUCGAUGCCCUUUGCGAUAAUUACAAGAUGAGACCAAAGGCUGCUUCCAAGAAAUUCAUAGAAACUCUUGUUUCUGGCACACAGCGCUGGUUCACUGUUCCUCCAGCUGAUGUUCCACCAACACCAAACCCAGUACAAGAGGCAGCUCUUGAACUUUCAAUCCCAAUGGAUCUUUCCACUACAAAGUAUGUACAAUUCCACCCAGGUGAUAACAUUACAGUAAAUACAGAACUUCUCAACGAACAAUUCGCAGAAGAGGAAGAGGGUGACGAAGAAGAAGAGGCUAAGCAAGAGUAA